AUGUCCGGGAGGAAGGAGCGAGGCACGGGGGCCACCUCGCCCUCGUUUGAUAUUGAAAUCAGACCCUCGUUAGACGACAAGUCACCUGUGUUUAUGUAUGGGGCCCCCAGCAAUGUCAGCGCUCUUCCUACUGCUCAUAGGCGUGCCCUCGGCGUCCUGGCCGCCGCUGGCCGGCACGAGCUGCGGCCCGGCGCGGUACCCCGUCUCGCUCUCGACCAGCGGCAAGCGUUUGCGCGACGCGAGGGGCACGGCUAUCCGGCCUUGCUCCGGCCAAUUGACAAUGGCCAAUACGUGUUUGUCGAAGCGUGCUGGGUGACCGGGCUGGCAUUUGGGGAGGCCAAGGAGAUGACCCCCGAGGUCAUCGAGGUGGCGUAG